UUUAGAUUUAUGGAUCUAAAUAAUUCUGCGCAUCUGCUCGGGCCUCAGGGUUCCUCUAAAGCUAGUGAGUUCCUGAAUUCCUUUCUGCAAUCCUUCUGUUCAUUUUUAUUUUCAUUCCAAUUCCAUAGCUAUGUUUUUUUACCAAUAGGUCCUUUGUUAUUUUCAUAAUUCUUUGAGUAGCCAUGGUCUAAUUGUGAACUGAUGCAUAAUCAAAUGCUUAGAUUAGCCAACUGUAAAUCUCUAGAGUAGAAGACUGGCAAGACUAACAAUCAAAUGCUUUCAUUUUUGAGGUCUGCUUUCUUUUCUCUAUAAACCAACUUUUAGAUUUUGAGUAUGAUUUUUUUUUUUCUUUUGUGUUUUUCUUUGUUCAAUUCAGUUUUGUUCAACUAUGUUCCUUAAAAUAAUUACAGGCAAUCUAAUUUUCCUGAUCUGAAACCAAAAAAAUAUCAUAAUGAGUGGAGGGAAUUUUCACACUAGGGACCCAACCAGAUGAGUAGUCCUCUCUUUGAAUUGUUGAGGCUCAUAAACAGAUUUAGCUAUUCUACAGCCAUGUAGUUUUCGAAUUAUGACCACAUUUUGAGGUGCAAGUUUACUGGUUAGAGAUUAUGGUGUUUUUGCGAAUUGCUACUUUGCAAACUGUUAAUGAUGAAAUCUGGAGUCUGGACUCCUUAUGACUUUGUGAACUUCAACGUUUUGAGAACAUGCUUUUCCCAUUGACAAGAGCACUGCAGCUUCACUAGCAUAAACCAUGGCUGCAGUCCUUUCAAUUUUUCUUCAAACGUACAGAUCCUGGUGCCAUAGAUUAUGUGUACACACAUUUUGCAGUAGUGAGGAAAGCAUUGAAUUUUACUUGGAAUUAACCAACAGAUCAACUCUUCCACCGAUUCUUAGGCUUUUGUGGUUUUAUGGUAGAUUAUCUCAUUCAAUUGCCAACAGACAAGGAAGAUGGUACGGCUUUUCAAACCUUUUUCUUUGAAUCUAAAACAUAUUAUACCUUGUUUGAAUAAAUUCUCUAUACAACUUUGAGUUUGAUGAUGUAAUAAUGGACAUGCAAUCAACAACUGGAGUGAAGAGAAGAAAUUGACAAUGAGAUCCCUGUGCAAGUGAUUGCUCAUAAAACGGUCUCAAUAGCUUCAAUGUGGUUACGAUAGAAUUAUAACUUUGUAAGUUUUCCCCUUUAAAAGGCAUUCCAAUAUUUUCAUCUUGCUUUGUAGAUGUAAUUGAUGGAAAUGAGUAAAAAGGCCAACCAUCAGCAUCUAGGAAUCAAUGAUAUUGAACAGAUUGAGAUGUUUGGUUUCAGGGAUUUAUCAAACAAUGGCUUAAUCAGAGAAGUGCAAAACUUCUGUCUCUGCUAGUCUUAUUGAAGAAAAUGUAAGUGCCUAGUGUAUUUUGAAGGGUUCAUUUCUUCUUUUCCCAAUUUCUUUUAUUUGGUUAUACUUAUACAUAUAAUGGACUUCCCCAAUUUCUUUAAUUUGGUUAUACAUAUAAUGGACUCUUAGUCAAAGAAGGGAUUAUGAUGACAGACACUGAAGGCACAAAUUGGAUAAAAUGAGCUCUCUUUU